CACUAGAAGUUGUGUCGUUGGGCAUUUUCGGAUCCCCCGAAAAUUGUUCAUUCCAUACCGCUCGUACGGGCGACUCCACCUGAAAACUUAGCGAGGCAUUUCCGACGGCGGCGCGAAUCAUCUGCCAACGCCUAAAAGCCACGCAAGUUGCUCGGUCAACGGUUAUCCAUAAAAGCAACAAUGCACAGAUAGCGAGCUCAAACGAUUACCAGAAGUAGCCAAGUGCCUAAGAAACUAGAAAACUGAAAGAAGAUGAAGAGCAUAUUUAUUCAAGGAUUUGUUCUGAUAAUGUUCGCCGCCGUGUCUUAUUCGAGAAUACCAGUCAAAAAAGAUUGCCGUGAUGCUAUGGGGGGAGGCCGUUGCCUUAAAUACAUGCGCUACUACAAGAAGCUAGGAAUCUCACUCUGCUCGACGCCAUUUAAAGCCAGGUGUCAAAUCACGUGUCGGAUCUGCUCCCCGCCCCCUGCCUGUGAGGACAGUGAUUUUGGUUGUUGCUGGGACAAGAAAACAAGAGCACGUGGACCCGGUGGUGAAGGAUGUCCAUUCUGCCGGGAUCAGAAUCGUGGCAAAUGCAAAGAGAUCAUUACGUCCUUUGCCAAACAUGGAGUUUCCAAGAAGCAAGUGUGUUCUUACAGCUGGCCACGCAAACAUUGCCCACAGUCAUGUGACCUCUGCGGCGCAGCUAGCCCCGCCAUAACCCUGAAAAGGUGUCUAUCAAGUACUUAUGGAUGCUGCUGGGACUUCAGACCGGCACUGGGGCCUAACGGCGAGGGAUGUGCUGAAUGCAUUGACACAUUCCCGCACUCGUGUCGCCAGUUCGACUUUUAUUGCGGAGAAGACGGCGUCAAUUACUCGUUUAUGAGAAGGUCGUGUCCGCUGAGAUGCGGUCUGUGCUCGCCUGGGAAGCUCCUCUUACAACCCUACCAAAUAAAGGAAUUGAAACUUUGACCCUGCCCAAAUUUGCCAUGCCAUUAAAAAUAUGGAAACCCGGGGCGAUCAGUCACGUGAUGAAUAUAACACGUGACAUGCAGAAAAAGGAUAUAUUUAUUUAUUGAAAAUAUUUUAGUUUAUUUUGUUCGAAUAAGAAAUGAGGUAAAUAAAGCAAUGAUGAAAAUA